UAUAGCGAAGCAGAGGAUCGAGGAAUCCCAGGCAGGAUCAAGAUCAACGACUAAAGUCAUCUUAAUAAGAGCCUCUCUAUCGUCGACCAUCCGGCGAGAAUGGUUGCGAGGAAGUCGGGCGAGCUGAGGGCGCUGUUCUUGUCAUUGGACCGGGACGCGGACGGCCGGAUCUCGGCGGCGGAGCUGCGGGAGUGCAUGCGGGCGACGCUCGGCGAGGACGUGCCGGCGGGGGAGGCCGAGGCGCUUGUGGCGUCCGCGGACGCUGACGGCGACGGGCUGCUGUGCGAGGCCGAGUUCCUCGAGCUAGCACAGCAGGCGGCCUGGGCGGGCGACGCGGCGGAGGAGGACGAUGAGCUGAGGAUCCGGGCGCUGAGGGAGGCGUUCGGGAUGUACGAGAUGGAGGGGCAGGGGUGCAUCACGCCGGCCAGCCUUGGGCGGAUGCUCGGCAGGCUCGGCGCCGAGCGGGGUGCCGGCGAGUGCCGCGCCAUGAUCUGCCGGUUCGACCUCGAUGGCGACGGCGUGCUCAGCUUCGACGAGUUCAAGAUCAUGAUGAGCUAGCUACCUAGCGCCUGGACCCAAGCAUAUACUCCUAGUAUCGUCUGGCACAUAGAAGCUCCUUCGCUCGCUCGUUCGUUCGUUCAUUCGGUUGUUAUAUACUAGCAAAUAUGCCCGUGCGUUGCAACGGAAGAAAAAAUUACA